AAUCCCAAUCGGCUCAACACGUGCGCCGCGACUAGGCGGUUUUAUAAAUAUUACCAAUUAAAUAAUGCACAACGGUGGAGGACAAUCCGGCUGGAACCUCUCAGGAGAGGACAGAAAGCCGUUUUCAAAUCACGGCCGCAACAAUCAGCAGAGGCGCAGCAGUGGCGGCGGGGGAAGAGGCAGCCACAGCCAAAAUCGGCCCGAAAAUGGAGACUGGCCGCACGCUGGAUCAGAAGGUGGGCUGAAUGGGAACGCGUUUAACAAGUUCAGAGAUCCCCAACAGGAGCUGGAUAAUCAUCAGCCAAACAAGAGACGGGGGCGAAGGAAUAGAGGCGGUGGCGGAGGAGGCGGUGGCGGUGGCGGAGGAGGUGGUGGUUGGGGUGGCCGAAGAGGGAACCACGGCAGAGAUUCCAAUAGACGCGGUGGUCGUAACAACUCGUGGCAAGCUAAGGAUCAGCAUGUCAGUCCGGGCCAAAGUCACAUGCUGUACUUCGAUAAGGUGGAGGACUUUACCGAAGACCCACCUCUGCCUCGAUCCUCGCCUGCUCCCUCCUCCAUCAGACAGGAGAGCCUGCCACCUGUUACUUUCGCUGCGGACUUGACGCCACCACCACCUGUAUCUGUUGCACCACCUGAUGUGCCUAUUACGUCAGAAGAACCUACUGUGCCGCUAAUCAAUAUCAAGAAGGAGAAGGAACUGGAGCACAAGUCGAAAAUAAAGCAAUUUGUCAAACCGGAGCCCAAAUCCCCUAAUAAGAAAAAGGUUAACUCCUCCAGGUCAUCAUCUACUUCGGAAGAGGAGUCUGAACCCGAACCAGGGGAAAUGGUAGUGAACCCUAAGGCAGUGGUGGCGUCGUCCCCAAAAGCGAAGGCCAGCAAAACACCUUUAGCAUCAACUCCGAAACCAAAGGCUGUAAAACCGGUUUCGUCCUCCGACUCUUCAUCUUUGGACAGCGACACCGAUAAGGAACAGAGUCAUCCGCCGGCAAAGAGUAAAAAGGCGGCGAUCGAAAAGAGCACCGAGGAGGAUGUUGUCUGCAUGGGCUCUCAGGAGCGCCAGUUUACCAUUACGGAUGAGGAGGAAAGCACCGAACCUGAAGACGACAAGAAGGCCAGAAAGCAAAAAAACAAGGGUAAAACCGUGGAUGUGUGUGGCAUAUGCGACAAGAAGGGCCACACCUCCUUCCAGUGUCAGAUGAUAUGUCGUAAUUGCUCCGGCAACUAUCAUGGUCUCAAGAACUGUCCAAACCCGCCCAAUCUAAAUAUUGCCAUCCAGUCGUUUGUGGAGUUUGCCAUGCAGCAGAUGACUGCCUUUCAUUGCGAGCAAGGAUUUGGAUUUCCUGCUGGCACAGUCCCAGCUCCAGUUUCAGCAAAACCCAAAAAGGACAAAAAGGCAUCAAUAAAAAAGAUUAAGAAGUCGACACAGAAAAGGAUGAAGGUAGAGCCAAAGGAUCAUGACGACGAAGAUGACGACGAAGAUGACGAAGAUGAAGAUGACAGCAGCGAGAGCGAUGACUCGGAGUCCAGCGAAGAGCCUCACCCAGCUCCUGUGUCCAAACAGAAGCGGAAGCGAGGCACCAAAGCCGCCGUAUCGGCCGCAGCCAGUCUACCUCCUCAAGUGUUUCCAUUUCCUUUUCUAGGCGCCCCGGGCGCCCCUUUUAACUCAAUGAUGUAUUCCUAUAGAGCUCCGUUUAAUUUUCCCAAAUAGUUAUAGCGUGAGUUAGUUGUAGAGGAACGUGAAAGAUAAACAUUUUCAAUUCCAAUGGA